AUGGACCAACAGGAACAGGUUAAAAUAAAGACAGGGCUCCGCAACAGUGAUGGUUUAGUCAGGCGAAGCAUUUAUGAACCUGCGGAGUAG